AUGUCUUCCAACGACGCGACCCGCGAUCCACGACUUCAACAAAAGAACAGUUCUGCUCCACCGGCUCCGUCGUUUGGAGAGAACAAGAAGCGACCGGCGAGUCGGUCCCCAGCGGCAGCUGCCAAGCCUGCUAGGAAGCAGUCAGUCCCAUUCGCAGCAUUCAGUCAGUCUCACAACGGUAAUGGCAAUGGCAACAUCGACAGUGAUUCGCGCCGGUCGUCCGUUAGUAGCACCGACCAGCGUCAGGCUCCAGUCGCGAACAUGAUGCCGACAGCUCAACAUCCAACUCCGAGCACUACCUCCUUCUUGGAAGACCUGCCUCAGAGGUCAGCAGAUCUCGCUGUGGCCAAGCUGAAUCUGGAACACGCUCAGCGCGCGUAUGAUCAAUCUGUUAAGGAGAGCGACGCCUGCAAGCAAUUUUUUGACGCAUAUCCGUCCAUUAAGGAGCAGCGGCUCAACAGUCUUCGCAACACGACAAACAAGCUGACUGCUUGUCGUAAUGCUUACGACAGGUACGUGAUCACCUCCAGCUCUCGGCCACUAGUCGGCCUUUCAGCUUCACAAUCUGCUUGAUCGUCUCUGGGAUAUCGACAUGGCUGACUUUAAAGCAGGAAGGAUCAAGCCAUGCAGCAGGCAAUGGCCGAUGCUGAUGCUCGCUUUCAGGCUUCGGUGGCGAAUGCAGCCAAAGAGCGCUCCAAGGACGAUGUCACCCAGGAUCGUGCCAGACAGUCUCAGUUCGCGAAGCUCGAGCACAAGUUGCAACAGGUCGACCACAAGGUGGACGAGUUCGAGCACAAGGUGAAACAGGCCGAGCACAAGGUGGAACAGCUCAGCAAGGAAACCCAAGUCACAUCUCAGGCCUUCGACAAUUUCGACAAGCGCUUCAAGGACAUCCAGAAGCACAUUGAAGAACUCAUUCAGAACAUGAAUGCUGACGCCGCGAUCACUUCGGAGCAUGGUGAGCAACUUUCUACACUGCGCAACGAUUACGAGGCUUUCAAGCAAAGUUUCGCGGGCUUGCAGGACAUCGUUCAAGGCCUACAGGACCAAGCUUCGGCCAUGAAAGACAAGGGCGGUAACAACGGCAAUGAGCUUGGCCUGGCACAUUUCAGGGUGGUCUCGGCACCAUCCGACGAAGACGACGUGCAGAUCCCCUGGAAGCAGAAGGUCGAGGGCCAGAUCGAGGGCCUCAACAUCUGGACAUCGUCCAUUCAGCGGCAGUACGACAACCUGACCACCGAGCACGUCGUCCAGAAGAUGGUGGACCAAAUGAGCACCAUGUAUCCUGCUGCAAAGGACUUCCAGGUGUGUGUUAACAACAUCAACGGCAAGAUCGCGCAGAUCGAGGCUACACUGCUCGAUCCCCAGAAGCGCGAAGGUGGAGAUGCGGCUGGUCCUUCGGCGCACGAGGUCAGCGACAUGCGCAACAACCUGGAUGCGCUGAAGGUGCAGGGCGAGCAGGCCAUCGAUUUCUUGAAAGACGAGAUUGGGAAGAUUCAAGGCAACCUCGAAAUCGUCUUUCAAAAUAGCCCCGCAGCUUCCAAGCAGCAGGGCUGA